GCUUUCAGCUCUGCUGCACUCUGAUUUACGAAGUCAUCGCGAUUUGAUACAUCGCAACAGCGUUCGACCAUCGCGGAAAAUGAAAGGAAUCGCACAGCUGAGUAUUAUAUUGCCACUAUGUAUCGGGUUGGUAUCAACUGAGGCUGGAACCAAAGAUGAGCAACCGAAACCUCAACUGACCUCUGGAAACGCCAUCAAUUUAGCAACCAAACCCGAACAUUUCAACUACCAGCAAUUUGCACAGUUUGGUGCGCGUUUUCAGCCACAGCAAGCCAUAAACCAACAACAAUAUCAGCCUAAAACGCAAUAUCUGCAACAAUCGGCACCGUAUCAACAACAUAUUGAGGCAAUUAAAAAAUCUAUUGGUCAAUCUCAACACCAUGCCACCCCCAUAGCUAUGGUAAUAAUUGCUCAGCCUGCAUAUAUUCCAGCGAGUUUGUUACAGCAACGCAACGUAGCUCAGGCACUGGUUAACCUGUUUCAAGGAAACAACCCUGCACGGUUUCAAUAUUUACCACACGGACAUUAUCCACAAAUUCAACCCAAUAUUAUAACUCACGUACAGCAACAGCAAGUUCCGCAAUACGCCCAGUAUCAUUCACAGCAAGAUAUUCAAUAUCACCCCCCAACAUCCCCCAACGAAAACCCACCUCAAGCAGCUCCAAUGCACUCCAAUCCCACUCAUUUCCAACACGAAUCCCUCCCUACUCCCGAAGCAUUGAUAUCCGACCAGGAGCACCAAAAUCACCUAGUUCCUCAUCUACAUCAAGCGGCCUCAGAAGGAAGAUCUAUUCGGUACCAACCUUUACAAAACCAUCUCGAAGAACAACCUAUCCCUGCCAAUCACAAGCCCGACUACCAGAAACCCUUGGAACUCGACCAAAUCUCUCAGUUGGCUCAGCAGGCGGCUCAGCAGUACUUGAUGUCGGGAGGUACAGGAGCGGCACCGGCUAUUAUAACGGGCUUGGAGAAUUUUUCACCUGAACAGCAGGUCAAAAUUAAGGCUCAGUUAGGGGCUUACUUCGGUGCUCCGUUGCAGCCUCUGAAAGUUGCUGCCGAGGAAAAAGGUGGUAUGGUUGCUGGGAACCAGCGCCAACAGGAGCCGAUGAAAAGGAGUAAUUCUGAGAAGUUUGUACCGAGUAUUGAGGUUAAGAAUGGUCAGAUUACGCAAAUAAGGUCUAGUAGGGAUAUAAUGUAAUAUUCAUAAACGUACAAUGUGUUAGAGUUUUAUUUUUGUCUUACUUUUAAAAGGCUUUAACGGUUUUUUUUCGGGCUAUAAUUUUAUUCAAAAAAAUAUAGGUUCCUUAAUCAAGAUAAUAUAAACUAAGUAUAUUUUUUUUAAACAGUACACCCUAUGUAUUAGAAGAGCAUUAGAUAAAACAUUGUAACUGAUUUAAAAAUAUAUUUCACGUGCCCUCUCUAUUUAAUCUAGAUUUAAUAGUUUAUCAAAAUUUAAGUUCAAGACAUGCCUUGGGACAUAAAUAAGUGCAAAUAUUUUUAGUGCUGGUAGAUCUCGAUAAAGAAACAUAUUUUCUCUUUGCCGUUUUUCG